AUUGGUCAGGGCGGGUCACCUGCAUCAUAUAUAAUCCUCUCACACAGUUGUAGAGGUACUAGAGCUGCUCUUUUCAACAUGAUGGCUGUUUGGGUGAACUCAGGGGCUUUGCUCCUUGUUAUGCUGACUGGUGUGACUUACGGCUACCCUGCAAAGCAAGGUUUUGAUCCCAGCUCCUCCUCCAGCGGUGGUUAUGGGGCGUACCCUGCUUCUGCCGGUUCUACCUCAGGUGUGCUGUACGCUCCUGCAGCUUCUGGCUCUGGGGCUGCAUCUAAAGGUGCCACAUAUCCAGCUAGCUAUCCAUCUGGAGGACCUAGUUACCCUCAGCCCAGUGUCGAGAGACAACCAAGUGCAUCUUCCUACAGCUCUAAUUCUUACGCUGCUGCACCUGUAGCUUCAGGAUAUGCUGGCCCCUCGUUUGUAGGCUCAACAGGCCCAAGCUAUGCUCAACCCACCUUUUCCCAAGAUGUCAACUGGGCCAUGGCUCCACCCAGUCCUCUAUCUGGCGACGGUGCUUCCUCAAGACCUAGUGCUAGUGGGUUUUCUGGCCCUAGCAACGUGAGUCCACCUCGCCCUCCAAGCCCUCCACAGUUCCAGGGAGGUGAGUUGAACAAAUAUUCACAGAUCUCUGAGUAUGGUGACUCAGAAUCUGAGACGGAAGAACAAGGCUUCCUACCAGCACCACCACUGCCUCAUGGUGCCCCAGCUUUGAGCGGAGAAGACUCAUCCGGCGACGUCCAGCCAUCAGGCCCGGAUACCCGCUUGGCUCAGUCUUUUUAUCCUCAUCCCUAUCCUUAUGACUACCUGUUCCUGACUGGCCAGUAUCCUCCAGGCACGAUCACUCACUCCAGCAGCAGUUUUGAACAGGGGGCAGACGGCUAUCAAGACACUCACUACAUAAGGUACUACUAUCCUGCCAGCACUGGUAUUGAGCAGGUCAAGAUGUCUCCACCUGCUUUUGAGGUCCCUCAGAGCGUCCAGCAGCCCAGCCAACCUGUGAAGAAAAGCGUUGGACACACUAGCUACAAUCCGAGUGGUGCAGCAACUGGAUACAGCCGGCGCUAUGGAGCAGCAGGCGGCUACGGUGCUCGUAAGGGUAACCAGUAAUUGAAGCCAUGCAGACUUGAUCUCCAUUUAAAAACCAAUUAAAAAAAA